GCGUGGCGCGGCUGGGCCGCCCGGCGCGACAUCCAGGCGGAGGUCGCCAGGGUCGCGCACGAUGCCUGCGCGAGGAUACAGGCCGUGCACCGGGGCGCGUGUGCGCGUGCGGCCGCCAAGCGCGACCGGCGUGCGGCGGUGAGGCUGCAG